AUGUCCUGGUUCUUGACGGCAGCAGCAGCAGUAGCAGCAACAGCAAUUGGUCAUUGGGGGACGACUGCUGGUGGUCGUUGGUCGUUGUCGUUCGGUUGUCGUCGUUUCUUCUUCUUCGCCGAAUCGAUUCCUGGACAAAGUCGAGUGAUGAUGGGUAGCAUCUGUCAGCAGCAGCAGCAGCAGCAGGAGCAGCAGCACCAGCAGUUUGUGUCCGGCUGGCGAUGGAUGGGCAUGACUGUGGUCGAGCAGCAGCAGCAACAGCAGCGGGAGAAGCAGCAGCAGCAGCGACAACAGCACGAGAAAUCGCUUUUCGGAUCGUACAAAUCCCAAAAUAAGCAGUAUGCUGCGGCAAAUGAUCGGUGCCACUGCUGCUACUACAACGCCACAAUGGCUCUGGUGGUCAACGCUGAUCUUCCUGCUUCUCAGGACAUCACAGAGAUCCCGGAAUGCGAGGAUUCGAUCAACGAUUGUGCUUACGGCGGAAAAUGCGCCUCUGGCCCGGACGGCUCCAAAACGUGCCUUUGUCCAGCAAGUUGUCCAGCUUCAAUUCCAGUAUCCUGUCGAGCGGGGAAACGCGAUGACUACUGCAUGUCGAUGAGCGACGAUUACAGGGAUAAAUAUCUGCUUCCAGAACCAGCAUGCCAUAUGGGUAUCUGUGUCUGCCCGCCGAUGUUCGAUCCGUGGAAAUUGGAAGGCGCUAUCGAACUUCUGCCGUUCAAAUGCGAUCGCCGUAUGUGUUUUUUGCAUAUUUUUAAAAUUUAUAUGUAG